AUGGCGACCACUUCGGCAGACGAGCCCCCGCCCCUCGAAGCCAAGACCAGGCGCCGGGGCUUCGUGCGCCCGCAGGGCACCGACUUUGCCGCCAGCGCGCGAUCGAGGGAGACUGGCCAGGAAGAGGAAGCAGCGGGGAACGCUAGAUCUGGCCGAUCUAGAGUCCACCCCGGUCUCCCCACCUUCACCGACGCCUAUAGCCCGCUUGCCGGUAGUCCGGACCUUUCAGCCGCCAAUUUUGGCCCCGGCCACUUCACGGAGUCCCCGAUCGACGAAGGACCCAUGGACCCUGACGACUAUUACGAUGAUUUCGAAGAGCCCGAUCCCAACAUCCUCCCUCCCACCGUCAGCACCUAUAACAAGGUCGAGAAACCCGUCGCCCGACCGCCCACCAUCGACGAGCUGAAAUCGGAUCUCAAGGGAGCCUCGAGCGAGCUUACAAGUCCCUUCGACAGCCCCCGACCGAAAACCUCGCAAGGGUGGUUCGAGGUUCAGGGAAUGCACAUCCUAGACGUCAUGACGUUUGCGAUCCGUGCCGCGAAAAUGUACUACACCGCUCACGAGAAGCCCGACCGGUUGGACACCAUCAAGCCCGAGAAAGAGGUGCGCGCGGACUUAUUAACGGUCAUGGACGUGCUGAAACACGCCGCCACUCGAGAUUUCGCUGGCGGAAUUCGAAACGACGAAGUGGCCUACAUGGAAGCCUGGCUAAACGGCGUAUCCACCAUGUUGCAGCGGGACGAGGCCAUCGAGGAUGCCGAGCAGCAGGAGCGCGCCAGCUGGUCCUGGCUGCACGGGGACUGGGCAGAAGGGGAUGUCAGCCGCGAGCUUGCUUUCCUGAGGUCCAUGGACCCCGAGGCAGAUCCCCUCCCGGCCUAUACCCCCGCGCGCGACGCUGCCGACCUCCCGACGCCUCUCUUGAGGGAGAUGCAGAAUGGCCUGAGGCUUGUCAAGCUCCACAACGCCGCCGUCCACAAGUCGCAGCGGAGGUUCGGCGCCAUCCCCACCUUCCACACGGAUACCCAGAAGCCCUACCGUGCCGCCGAUAAUAUCCGCUACUGGGCCAAGGCUGCGGAGCUUCGCUGGGAGGUGGCCCUCAAGGUCGACGCCCUCGGCAUCGUGUAUAACAACAGCCCCCAGGUUUGGAUCGACUUCGAGGACGCCAUCUUCAAGUGGUGCCAAAAGGUCCGCGAGGAGAUCAGCAGCGAGCUAGCUCAGAAUACGGUGUAA